UAUCCCCCCCCUCUCCUCUGCACGAUGCGUUGUCCGAUUCACCUUCAGCUUUGGGAAAGGAUGCGACGCACACGCACGCACACAGCACACACAUACACACUCAAGCACAACUACACACACACAUCACCUUGACGAGCCGCACAUCUCUGCCCAGCACAACAACCCGCGAUAAUUAUGUUGUUCUGAUAGGGUACCAAACGCUUUUCCCAGCUGUUGUUUCGGGUUGGGAUGAGAUGCAUGGGGUGAGGGGUGCGGUGUUUUGCUGGGACUCUUUCUGGUGCUGCUCGAUCGGUCACUGUCCAUGCCUCACUGAACAAAAAUUUGCUUUUGUUUGGUCUUGGUCGUGCGGUGUCGUUUUUUUGUGCUGCGUCGUACGGAUGCCAUGCUGAAACAGCUUCACUGGGGAUAGAGUGAGUUGGUUUCUUUCCAUAUUGUUUGAAUGCCUACAUCAGGGUUGGCAUCGGAGAUGGGGUUGGGUUAGGUUAUCGCCCGCCUUCCCCUCCCCCCCCCACGUCUUUUCUGGAUCGCAAAAUUACCUUGAUUGUGUAUGAUGUUGUUUCAAUCGAGUAUAGACAAAGGAUGGCAUUUCAGUUGUUCAUGCAUGAAUCUUGCCGCCCGGCAGGCUUCCAAGCUUUUCCGUCCCAACAUGCAUGUGCAGGCUGCAGGCUAGCGAUGCUGUGUGUCAAAAGUUCUUGCAUAGCAGCAUCAACACCAAAAUGCAUGUAUAUGCCGGGUAACAGCGCUCUUUAACUUGUAUCCGGUAUCCAUCAGCUGCAAUAAUGACUAAUAUGCUGUUUCGCUUGCCCUGCUGCAUCUAUUUUGUGUCGUACACAUGUCACAGACUGGAAUGGUGAGAGACAUUGCAACCGCCUACAUGCUCUAGAUAAUCUGAUUGUUACUAGUUUCAUGUUGAUUCUGCAAUGUUGUUGGCACGGCGUGACC